CCCCCCCCCCCCCCCAGACCCGCCUCUGGGUGAUAUAUCGAUGUACUGUCACAUUUAUACAACAUGGCGCUUUCAUCAAGAAACUUACCACAACUUGGCACAAGACGUAGUCCGAAGAAAAGUAUUGACUUAAUGUGCGCUCUAUGCACUUUGGGUUUUGUACCAUUAGUUUGAAACUUUAAAUUUUAACACCAACACGAUGUCCAGUAUAUAAUAUACGUAACACAUGUAAACUUUACUAGUCCGAUAUAACUGAGUCCGAUAUAUGAUGUUUGACUGUGCCGUGUUCACUACUGGGUUUUACCAAACCCCCACAACGAGGCUGCCAGGACAUUACUUGUGUUUAAAUAUAGAUUAACCAUAAUGGAGCCCUAGCCAUUUCAUAUGAUUGUGACAGUUAGUCAGCUGUUACAGUCAUAGUGUUCACACGGAUAUUUCACCAUAUUCUGUGCAUGUUUUGCAUGUGUUUUGUUACAAAGCAAAUGGAAAGAAAAUGGAAGAUACGUCAAAUCGUUUGUUGGAUGGACAGAUAUGGUAUUUUUACAAUCGGUUCUUUCAGUAGUGCAUUAACGGUGUUGUUUCAAGGCAAAAAGUUGGAUGACAAAGAUCCAACAUAAACAAAGAGUAACUGGGAUAUACAAAUUACAACAAAGUUGUGAACUGUUGACUUGUUCUUAUUGCUUCAUUGUAUGAAGAAACGGAUUUUCUGUGAAAUAUCAGCAUCUGAAGAUUUGUUAUCCAUUGUCGCGUUCUUAUUGGAUUGUGUUUUCACCGAAAGUGUUUAUUUGUAAGUACAAUAAACAGCUUAACUAAGAUACAUUCAGUGUAUGUGGGAUUGGAAAGUGAUAUUCUGUGGUUCUAAUUGUGGAAUAUCAUAGACAACCUGCGAGGGAGACUAACAAUCCAUUGGAUACAUUGGAAGUGAAAAGCACCUGAAAUAUAUUUUCAACUGUCACACACUCAGUGGAUUUUUUAUUUUUUUUAAACUUUGAAACUGUUUGUAAAUACAAUAAACAGCAUUCAUCAAAAAACACAUAUUUAGUGUAGAUGUUGUUUCAUCUUGUAAAGGGUGACAUUCUGUUGGAAUACUGUGACAUUUCCCGUAGAUGUCAUUUCCUGUAAUAAAAGGCAUUCUGCAAUCCUCGGAGAACCAUCUUUGGAACACUGCCGAUAGCUUGGGAAGGGGAGCAACAGCUGUGGUAUACCUCGGAAGGCAAAAGCAACAUGGAAAGGUGGUGGCAGUCAAGGUGUUUCAUGAUCACAUUCACUGGGUUUCUGGCUGUGAUGAAAUCCGUGAACUCGAGCUGUUGCAGAAACUCAAACACGAAAACAUCGUCAAGCUAUUUGCCAUUGAGAGAGAAAGCCAGAGCAAGCGCCCGGUGGUUGUCAUGGAGUACUGCGAGGGAGGUAGUCUCUACCAUAUGCUGGACCAGCCUCAGCACAGCUAUGGCCUUCCAGAAGAUCAGUUUGUUCUUGUGCUGCAGCACGUUUCUGCUGGUAUUGAGUAUCUCCGGAGAUUGCAAAUCAUCCAUCGAGACAUCAAACCAGGAAAUAUCAUGCGAUUUGUCACAGAAGAUGGCAGAUCCAUUUAUAAGCUAACAGAUUUUGGGGCAGCGCGCGAACUGAAUGAGGAACAGAAUUUCACAUCAAUGUAUGGUACAGAGGAAUAUCUUCAUCCCGGGAUGUAUGAGAAAGCUGUUCUGCGGCAGUCUAGUGGUCAACGCUUUGACGCCAAAGUUGAUCUUUGGAGUCUAGGCGUUACUUUUUAUCAUGUCGCUACAGGAAAGCUACCAUUUCAACCUUAUGGCGGCAGAACUAAUAAGCAGACAAUGUUUACGAUUACAUCCCAGAAAGAAUAUGGUGUGAUUUCAGGAGUCCAGAAUUUUGAGAAUGGUCCCAUCAUUUGGAGUCGCGAGUUGCCCCAGUCAUGUCAGUUAUCAAGCGGAAUGAAAGCACUCGUAGUUCCCCUGCUGGCAGGACUGAUGGAAUGUGACGAGUCCCGCGUGAUAACCUACGAUGUUCUCUUCCGUGUUGUACAAACUAUUGCUCAAAAAAUCACCUUCACCAUUUUUCAUUACACAUCAUGCAGAGAACUGAAGAUAUUUAUUGAUAAGAAUGAAUCAUUUUCCACAUUACAAGACAUCCUAGCAUCUCAGACUGAUAUCUGUGCGCGGGAUCAGCUGCUUCUGAUCGACGGGAAGCCGAUGGAGAACCUUGUAGAUAUGACAGCCACUGUGGACAGUUACCCCAUUCACAUCAGAGACAGUCAUAUUUUCCUCUUUCAACGUGAUCUUAGAUUCAUUGAGUCGGAAAGAGUCAUUCAUCCAGAAAUACCUCAUAUUCCUGAAUUUGUCAACUUUGUCGACAUGGAGAAGGAUUUACGGCUCUCCCACAGUUGUUCGGCCAGAGGACAUUUGAUUAAGAGAUACACAGAUGAGACUCUGAGAAAACAGAAGUUUCUUUCCGAGGGAUUGGUCUGUAUCAGAUCUUACAUACAUACAAGAUUAGAUAACUCUGAACACAGCGCUGGCACAAUGGAGCAGGUAAUGAAAGAGAGUCAGAAACGCUUUAACACAUUUUACUUCAUGGUGCGAACCAUCAAGACUUUCUGCGACAAACUUAAUAUCCGGAAUAGGGACUUGGAAGAGAUCUCCAUGGAGAAGACCCAGGAGGAAGUGCAUAAGAAGGCAGAGAUCAGAAUGAAAGAAAUUAUAACUUAUCAAAAUACCCUGGUGGCUAAAGUGCAUGAAAACUGUGAUGAAUAUAACCACUGGUUUGUGAGGUGUGAACAAAAUAGCUGUUUUUCUAAAAUCAGUCAUUAUGUGACAGUGAUCGGUAACAUCCAGAACCGAUUCCGACGAGACAAGAAUGUGAAAGACCAGAUGACAUCUCAUGAUGAACAUGUGCACCAGUGUGAAAGACAAAAGCUCCAGGAACAGUGCGUUGCUAUGACAUCAAUUCUACAAGAUCACUGCUUCUGCAAUCUCGAAAUAAUGUAUAAAGAAGCGAUACAGUUUUUGGGCUCUCUCUCCAAGGACCUCUUCAGAAUUACAAAGAUUGAGAAAAAUAUUGAAAGUGUUAUUGUAUGUCAGCAAAAGUUGAGCUUACGGCUGGAUAAGGUGGAGGAUAAAUGUCAUGACGUUAUUGACAGACUACAGCGGACUAUUCAAGACUCGGGUUUCAGUUCCGAGAAUCCUGCAAGACAGACUCAGCCCCUGACAGGGUACGCAGAAGGAGGGAUGGAUAAUGGUGGCAAUGGUUCCAGUUCGCUCACAUCGGCUGGGUUUUCUGCAAGUUUGCGGGAAAUCUGUGACGACAGCAAGUCAAUAGCGAGCAUGAUUUUAGAGAAUUCUGAAAUGAUUCGUAGAUUGGAAGAAUGCGGAUUAUAUAGCAGUGGAUCUUUGAGUACAAACUUGGAUCAAACAUGACUGAUGCAGUUUGUCCUCGCUGAAGAUUGAAGAGAUUUUAUGAUCUUAGGAUCUUAGUUUCUGGUGAAAAGUCUUGAAUGUUGCAAAUGAGAAACUUGAGCACGUUGUGUGUGCUUAGUAUGUCUCUGAAUAGUUGUCAUGGCCAUGCCAUGUGACAGAAAGGUUUGGAGUUAAAGCAUUGGUUUUGAAAAUGACCGUGACAAAUUAACCAGUCUGACCAGUGUUUCUUCAGGUCAGGCUAUAAAACAUUGGUGAUGAAGAUUUUUUAAAUUUGUUUUUUCCUUCAUCCAAAUUUUUUAGUUUUUAUGUUGAUGUAUGUAGUGUUGUUUUUUUAGUGUAUAAAUUUAGUAUUUUUGUUGAGAAAAGAAUUAAUGUUGUUUGUAGAUAGAAACAAUAAAUACUGUCAGAAUAUAGCAAAAGAAUGGAAACGUGUUACUUGAAACUGUCAAAAAAAAGAAGGAAAACCUUAAACAAGUGUUUCCCAUUAAUUGAAAUAAAUAAAACACUUUCUGUAAGAAGGAUGUAUCGGACAAUUGAUGUAUACGAGCAUUCACAACCUUGUCAAAAUAUCUUUACAGAGAAGAUAAUUUUAAAAUGUUGAAUACCUUAAUGGUUUUGUUAAAAAUUCCAGGUCAGGUCAGAUGUAAAUCCAUCAAUGUGGUGGUUUGACCUUCAUUUGCCCUGCCAUCCCGAUAAAAUGCCCCACAACUUGCAAGGCACACCACGGAAUGUAUUAAAUUUUGAAAGUGGGAGAGGGGGCCAUUGUCAGAGCAAUAGCCCAGGGGAUGGAAAUUUAGUGGUCUCAAUCUGUUUUUGCUAUAUUCUGACAGUAUAGGGUGUGUGUGUGUGUGUGAAAUUUGGUGGUCUCAUUGUCGCAAUCUGUUUUUGCUAUAUUCUGAUAGUAUGGGGUGUGUGUGUGUGAAAUUGAAUUUCAGGUAUUCAAAUCAUAUGGCUCAACCUUCUGAGCACAAUAAUGGAAAGGUGGGGAGGGGGGGGGGCACUAUGGUUCCAGUUCUGCAACCUCAGACUUGUACAUCAAAGACCAUGAUAUGUGCUAUCCUGUCUGUGGAAAAAGUGCACAUUUGUUCUGUGGUUGGAGUAUCUUAUGUGAUGGCAGCAGGUUUUUUCACUCAAAAGACUAAGUGUUGAAAUAACCCUAUGUUAGAUAGUUAAUAGCUAAUAGAUAUAUAUUGAGCAACAUGGGUUAGGGUUUGAGUUAUAUAAAACAAAUAGGUGACUUGUUAGCCUACCUCUGUGUUUUAAAAUGAAUAGUAAUACUUAUUUCAGCUGACAGCCGAGAUGGGGAGUAUAGCUAGAAUGAUAUCAAAGGAUAGCAUUGGACAGUAAAAGGGGCGGGAUGUAGCACAGUGGUAAAGCAGUUGGUCUAGGAUCGAACCCCGUCGGUGGACCAUUGGGCUAUUUUUCAUACAACCAGUGCACCACGACUGGUAUAUCAAAGGCUGUGGUAU